UACAUAGUUUUUCCCAAUUAAAUUUAUACAUAGUUUUUUCAAUUUAUAUUAUUACAUUAAUUGAUUUAUAGAAUAUUAAAAAAAAAAUUAUAACAUGUUGGAGGUAAUGACUGAAUUAAGGAUGAUAAAUUGUUUUUCCUUACAACCAACAAAAGCUGGGGAGAAGAAAAUAAAGUUUCUUACAUAGCUUUAGAAUAAUUCUGGAAUUUUGAGAUCCACAAGAAACAGGCCAGGCAUUGACUUGUGAAGUCAAUCUUCUAAGAAGAUAUGUUGAGAAUUACUGAGAUAAAACAUCCCAGCCACAGACAUCGGCUUACACUGUUCACAAGUAUCCAAACUUCUUUCCAGUGUGAUGGAUGUAAAGAGCAAGGGCUUGAGUCAUGUUACAAGUGUAACAAAAGGAAUUGUAACUUUCAUCUUCAUGAAGAUUGCGCCUUAGCUUCUGGUUAUGGUCCCAUCACUCACCAAUUCUUCAAGAAUUGCAGCUUCACAUUUCAUGGUGAGUAUCAAGCUGACAAUAGAAACUGUGUUGCAUGUGGGAAGAAUGUCAGAGGGUUCAUGUACGAGUCUUCAAGCAACGAAGCACUUGUACUUCACCCUCGCUGUUUGAAGCUCCCACAUAGCAAGACUACUUCUGAUCAUAGGGUGAAAGUAACUCUUCGUAAACAGGUCGGCGUCUCAUUCACGAGAUCAAAGUGUCAGAUAUGCAACAGGAGGAAACUUUCAGAAAAGAUUGAGGGCUGGGCCUAUGUUUCCGAUUGUGGCAAACACCGAUAUCAUGUGGCAUGUGUGAAGGACAUGAUUUUCAACAAUUUGAACAAUGUUCAAGUCCUUGAACCAACUGAAGGAAGCAACACAAGUAUCUUGAGCUUGCAAGUGCAGCAAAGUGUCUUCAAUGGGAAGAAUUUUCGCAAGUAUGGCGGAAAAAUAAUAAAAUUGAUUGUUGAGGUCAUUAUUUCUGCCAUCUUCGGAGAUGCAUUCUCUACCAUUCUUACUCUUGUAGAUGUUAUACAACCAAACUAGUAUGCUUUCUUCAAAGAAGAAUGUUAGGCGGUUCCUCCUUGUGCGGUUAAGUAAGUAGCUGUUUGUUUUUCCUUUUGGAGAAAUUUUCUUCAAAAGUGGAAUAAGAUCGUUUCAAUUUCAAUAUGUUGUUCUGGACGAAGAUAGCUUCAUGUUGACUGGUGUUGUUGGUUUAAUCUGCUUUUCAUUUGCUCGAAUGUGAAGACUCACUUGGUGACUUCUUGUUUUUUCUUUUGUAACCUCUAGCAUUUGUUCUACUUGUGAUCCCAUUAUUUUAUAGUGAGAGUUUUUAAUAAACUAGGAACCGUGGUUUUUUCUUUCUUCA